AUGCCUAAGCUGUCGACCGACGCCGUCGACACGUGCUUCUCACAGAUGUUCCGAGAAGCGGCCAAAGUCUUGGGCGAGAAUCCCAGCAACUCGUUUGCGAGCGACCCUAUCGAGUUUGUCAAAUGGGUGCAGAGACAGCCGGCGCUUGACGUUCGACCGGACCGGCGGUGGCGUGCUGGCUACGUCGCGUCGGUGUUCUCGGACAGCGAGGACGGAGCAAGGGUGGAGAACGAGGACGAGGACGAGGACGAGGACGAGGACGGCGCCAGUACUGUCUCACCAUCGACACGGAGACCAUGCUACAGGCCUUUGAAAACCUGCGCGUCGAAGAUGCGGCCCGCUGCCCACUGCGCUCGCCGCAAGAACAGGAUCCGUUUCCUCGACGAUUCGGAGGAGGAGGAGGUGGUGGUGGUGGUGAUGUUGAGAUGGCUACGGGGAAUACAAUCAGUUCCCGACAGCAGGAUAGCAACACGCUUCAGCUAG